CGAACUCUAUCUUAAUUUGAGCUCUUCUAGCGCUUUGAAGGUCGCAUCGAUCAUCUGCUACUGCUCGACUAGAGAGGUUCUUAGUGCUCUGCACUAUCGACUCAUGAUCUUGCAACUCUCAUGCUAUAAUUUGACAGACAUAGUGCAGAAACCAAGAUGAAUUCCAACAGACUUGCGGACCUGUUACAAUCGAGAACAUCCUCAGGCGCCUUCCUGUUGGAAAUGUUCAAAGGCUCGAUGCAGCAGAAUCAUCAAGAGCCUCACACGCAGCAAUCUCGCAUUAACGUAUUAUCGGGCACUGCCAGCACCAUUGAGGGGACGAUCAAGGCGGGCAAUUUAAGCGUGGACGAUCUGUUCGACACGGAAUUUAUGCAGGUAGUGCUGGCCAUCAUUCUGGAUAGCCACUUGUGCGGGUUCAGCAAAGAUGAGUUACUAUGCUGUUCCACGGAUAUGACUUACUAUCUCGAAACCGUAAAGGUACAUAUGCCAUUAUUCACACCCCAAACCGGAAUCUCUGACUCGUUGACUUUGCAUCUAGCCAUACUUUGGGUGGGCGAUCAAAUUACUCACCACUUGCCUAAAUGUUGCCAUCUCGAUCUGGGAUCCUACCCCUCCUGUAUUUUCCACGCCGCGCAAUCAGCUGUUCGCAACUCUUCACUCCCUGCUCCGCGCCAGCUUGAGAUUCUGGGACGCCCUUUGGGAGAUCAAGACUCCAUUUCUGGACUCGCAGCCUGAUCCCUGGGAGGCUGCGCGUUCUCCUAUCUACCCGGUCGACCAGAUAAUAACCGAUUUUGCUGCCGCGAGUUGGAUCAUUGAGCAGAAUCUCGGGUGAGUGUAGUGAUCGCCAUCU